CUUUUUAUUUAUAGAAAGCGGUCUAAAGGUCCGGCUGAUUUCAAACUUGAAAAUUAAUCUCUCUCUGCGCUCUCUGUCUCUCUCUCAGUCGCCACUCCUCUCCGACGCCCUUCCAAACGAUCUACAGGCUUGGGUAGACUAGGGUUUAUAAAAACUUGUACCCGGCUGCUGAUAAAUAAUCUCUGUAUCCCUCAUAAACCCUAAAACAGGACAAUGGAGUGGAACCAACAAACGCUUGAGUUUCUCUCUAAAGCAUUCCUUGACACACUCUCUCCACUCCCUGAACCCAGGCGCCGUGCUGAAUCUAGCCUCUCCGAUGCUUCCGAUUCCCCCAACUAUGGCCUCGCCGUCCUCCGUUUAGUCGCCGAACCCUCCGUUGAUGACCCCAUCCGUCAGGCUGCUGCCGUCAACUUCAAAAAUCAUCUCAAAUCUCGUUGGACUAAUUCUAUACCUGAUCCUGAAAAGGAACAAAUUAAAUCUAUUAUUGUUCCUGUCAUGUUAUCAUCCACUCCUCGCAUCCAAUCCCAGCUAAGCGAGGCUCUUUCUGUCAUUGGCAAACACGAUUUUCCCAAGUCCUGGCCUGCUCUACUUCCUGAUCUUCGCCUCAGUCUACAAAAUGCCAGCAGCACCUCUGAUUAUGUCUCUGUUAAUGGGGUUUUAGCCACUGUCAACUCUUUGUUCAAGAAGUUUAGGUAUGAGUAUAAGAGCAACGACCUCUUACUUGAUUUGAAAUAUUGUCUUGAUAAUUUUGCUGAGACACUCUGGCAGAUUUUCGAAAGAACUUCCGGUUUGAUCAGUUCCGUGCUUGCUUCUGGUGGACAGCCAGCAACCCUCAAGCCACUUAUUGAGUCUCAGAGGUUAUGUUGCAGAAUUUUCUAUUCUCUCAAUUUUCAAGAUUUGCCUGAGUUUUUUGAGGAUACCAUGGAUAAAUGGAUGCAUGAAUUUAAAAACUAUCUGAUGGUCAAGUAUCCAACCCUUGAAGAUGCCAGUACUGAUGGAGUUGAGAUUGUUGAUGGCUUGCGAGCAGCCAUCUGUGAUAAUAUAAGCCAUUACAUGGAGAAGGAGGAGGACUUGUUCAAAAAGUACUUGAGCGGAUUUGUAGAUGCUGUUUGGAGUCUUCUUGUGGUUGCAUCUGCAUCUUCUAGUCGGGAUCGGCUCACUGUCACAGCCAUCAAGUUUUUAACUACUGUGAGCACAAGUGUUCACCAUGCUUUGUUUGCCAGAGAUGAUAUUUUGCAGCAGAUAUGUCAGAGUAUUGUUCUACCAAAUGUAAUGCUGAGAGACGAGGACGAAGAAUUGUUUGAAAUGAAUUAUGUCGAGUUCAUACGUAGAGAUAUGGAGGGCAGUGAUCUUGAUACGAGGAGAAGGAUUGCAUGUGAACUUCUAAAAGGUAUUGCUUCCCAGUACAAAGAGAAGGUGUCUGAAAUGGUUUCAAUCCAGAUACAGGCUUGCUUGACCUCGUUUGCUCAGAAUCCAGCUACCAAUUGGAAGCACAAGGACUGCGCCAUCUAUUUGGUUGUCUCACUUGCCACAAAAAAGGCUGGUGGUAAUUCAGUGUCCACCGACCUUGUUGAAGUUGAGAAUUUUUUUGCAUCAGUCAUUAUUCCAGAAUUACGUAGUCAAGAUAUUAAUGGAUUCCCAAUGUUAAAGGCCGGUGCAUUGAAAUUUUUCACCAUGUUUAGGAACCAGAUCUCAAAACCCACUGCAAUGACCCUAUUCCCUGAUGUUGUCAGGUUUCUGAAUUCAGAUUCCAAUGUAGUUCAUUCUUAUGCAGCUAGUUGUGUUGAGAAACUUCUUCUGGUAAAGGAGGAUGGAGCUAGAGCAAGAUAUACAUCUGCAGACAUUGGUCCAUAUCUUUUGGAGUUGAUGACCAACCUUUUUAGUGCCUUGCAGAAGCAAGAGUCAGAGGAAAAUCAAUAUGUGAUGAAGUGUAUUAUGCGGGUCCUUGGUGUUGCAGACAUUUCUAUUGAUGUUGCUUCACCCUGUAUCAAUGGGCUGACAUCGAUUCUUAACAGAGUUUGUGAGAACCCCAAAAAUCCUGUCUUUAAUCACUAUAUUUUUGAAGCUGUGGCUGUUCUUGUAAGGAGGGCCUGUGAAAAGAACUCUUCUCUUGUGUCCACCUUCGAACAAAGUCUAUUUCCCAGUCUCCAGAUGAUCUUGGCCAAAGAUGUAGCUGAGUUCUUCCCUUAUGCAUUCCAGCUGUUGUCUCAGCUUGUCGAGUUGAACAGUCCUCCCAUUCCACCACACUACAUGCAGAUCUUUGAUAUUCUCCUGUUGCCUGACUCAUGGAAAAAACCUGGAAAUGUCCCAGCUCUUGUGCGUUUACUCCAGUCUUUCCUUCAAAAAGCACCUCAUGAGCUUAAUAGAGAAGGGAGAUUGAACCAGGUUCUUGAAAUAUUCAACAAGCUUGUCACAGCUCCUAGAUCAGACGAACAAGGGUUUUAUGUGCUGAAUACAAUCAUUGAAAACCUUGGAUACGAUGUGAUUGCACCAUACAUGAGCAGUAUCUGGACUUGUUUGUUCUGGAGGCUCCAGAAUAACAAAACCACCAAGUUUGUCAAGUCUUUUGUGAUAUUUAUGUCACUUUUUCUUGUCAAGCAUGGUCCCCAAAACCUUGUAACAUCAGUUAACGCUGUUCAGGCUGGUAUAUUUCUUAUGAUUAUAGAACAGAUUUGGAUACCAACACUGAAGCUUAUAACAGGGUCUAUUGAGCUCAAGUUAGCUGCUGUUGCUUCAACUAGACUUAUAUGUGAAUCCCCAGUUUUUCUGGACCCAUCAGCUGGUAGGCAUUGGGGUAAGAUGCUAGACAGCAUAGUUACCCUUCUUUCACGACCUGAACAGGACAGAGUUGAGGAGGAACUAGAAGUCCCGGACUUUGGAGAAACAGUUGGUUACAAUGCCACAUUUGUUCAUCUAUACAAUGCUGGAAAGAAAGAGGAGGAUCCUAUAAAAGAUAUUAAAGAUCCAAAGCAGUAUCUGGUGGCAGUUUUGGCAAAUAUUUCGGUUCAGUCCCCUGGGAUAUAUCCCCAGUUGAUUAGCGAAAACCUUGAUCAGGCUAAUCAAGCUGCUUUGCUCCAGUUUUGUGGCUCCUACAAUUGCUCCAUCAUCUGAACAUUAUGAAGCAAAGGUUCUUAUAUGACAAAGAGGUGAUAAUUGCUGCUUAGCGUACCAGUUUUGUCGAGCGUACCAGGUUCUUAUAUGACAAAGAGACAUUGCUUAAUGGUAAACCAAAGUACUGUUGUUGAUUCUAAUCUAGAGGCUUCUGUUGUCACCCAUGUCCUGAAGCAUCGAGUAUCACAUGUGUAAUGGAUAUUUCUUCUUUGUGGUCAGAUUUUGUCAUGGUUUUUACCUACUGAAUGGAGUGUGGUUGAUUCUUGGUCCUGCAUUCUUUCAUGAGUGAAUGACACUUCUGCUUUAUGUUUGAUCGUGUUGUACAGCUUUUGGCUGCUAUAUCUUUCUUCGAGUCUCAUGUUCCAACUAGGACGUCAGAGGCUUUGUCAUUAAACGUUUUGAGAUGGAAGAAAAACAAUAUUCUUGUCAAGUAAUUUGAGCGGCUUAUCUUAA